AUGCUUAGAUUAUUUAAGUGGAAAUGGGAGGAUAACAAUCAUUGCAGAUUGUAUAUACAUGGAAAUCAGCACCAGAAGUAUGGAACUCAGAGAUUAUCAUUGCAUUGUUGCGGCGUGCAAAGUGGUCAGGACUCUGGAGGCGAUCAACAUUCAAAUAUAGUAUCCAUAGAUGCAUGCAUGUACAGAAAAGAUAACAAGUAA